CAAGCUUUUUCAGCACAGAAUAGGAGGUGCCCAGCUCUCGCCUGACUUCUCCCGCAGCAGAUGUUCCAUGCCAGGCCACAGCUGCGAGGCGGUGAUGGGGCAGCGAUGGAAGUCCUUUUUGAUCCCAUCUAAUGCCCAGGCUGAAGGAAUCUCGCUCCCACGAGUCACUGCUCAGUCCAAGUAGCGCUGUGGAGGCCCUGGAUCUCAGCAUGGAGGAAGAAGUGGUCAUUAAGCCUGUUCAUAGCAGCAUCCUGGGGCAGGAUUUCUGCUUCGAGGUGACGACGUCGUCCGGGAGCAAAUGCUUUUCCUGCCGCUCUGCAGCAGAGCGGGACAAGUGGAUGGAGAAUCUGCGCCGUGCUGUGCACCCGAACAAGGACAACAGCCGGCGGGUGGAGAAUAUGCUCAAGGUGUGGAUUAUCGAAGCCAAAGACUUGCCGGCCAAGAAGAAGUACCUGUGCGAACUCUGCCUGGAUGAGGUCCUCUACGCACGGACCACAUGCAAGUUGAAAACUGACAAUGUCUUCUGGGGGGAGCACUUUGAGUUCAACAACCUUCCAUCCCUGAGGGGCAUCACAGUCCACCUGUACAAGGAGACCGACAAGAAGAAGAAGAAGGACAAGACCAACUUCAUUGGGCUGGUCAGCAUCCCAGCGGGCUCCGUCACGGGCCGGCAGUUUGUGGAGAAGUGGUACCCGGUGGUGACACCCAACCCCAGCAAGGGCAAGUCUGGGGGCCCCAUGAUCCGCAUCAAGUCGCGCUACCAAAGCAUGAGCAUUCUCCCCAUGGAAAUGUACAAGGAGUUUGCUGAGUACAUCACCAACAACUACAUGGUCCUCUGCUCAGUUCUGGAGCCAGUUCUGAGUGUGAAGAACAAGGAGGAGAUGGCCUCAGCCCUCGUCCACAUCCUGCAGAGCACAGGGAAGGCCAAGGAUUUCUUGACGGACCUCAUGAUGUCCGAGGUGGACCGAUGUGGCGAAAAUGAGCACCUUAUUUUCCGAGAGAACACCCUCGCCACGAAAGCGAUCGAGGAGUACCUGAAGCUGGUGGGGCAGAAGUACUUGCAAGAUGCCUUAGGCGAGUUCAUCAAGGCACUGUACGAAUCGGACGAAAACUGUGAGGUGGAUCCCAGCAAGUGCUCCUCCUCAGACCUCCCAGAGCAUCAGAGCAACCUGAAGAUGUGCUGUGAGCUGGCCUUCUGCAAGAUUAUCAACUCGUACUGUGUCUUCCCGAGAGAGCUGAAGGAGGUCUUCGCCUCGUGGCGCCAGGAGUGUAGCAGCCGCGGCCGCCCAGACAUCAGUGAGCGCCUGAUCAGCGCCUCGCUGUUCCUCCGCUUCCUCUGCCCGGCCAUCAUGUCGCCCUCCCUCUUCAGCCUCCUCCAGGAGUAUCCCGAUGACCGCACAGCCCGCACCCUGACCCUGAUCGCCAAGGUCACGCAGAACCUGGCCAACUUUGCAAAGUUUGGCAGCAAAGAAGAAUACAUGUCCUUCAUGAACCAGUUCCUGGAGCACGAGUGGACCAACAUGCAGCGGUUCCUGUUGGAGAUCUCCAACCCAGAGACUCUAUCCAACACGGCCGGUUUCGAAGGGUACAUUGACCUGGGCCGUGAACUCUCCACCUUACACUCUCUGCUCUGGGAGGUUGUGAUUCAGCUGGACCAGAGCACAGCAACAAAGCUUGGACCCUUGCCACGCAUUCUGAGGGACGUCAAUUCGGCCCUCAGCAACCCGUCCUGUGUGCAAGUCUCCGUCACAGCAGAUCAUGCUGCCUCGACGCCCAACGCUAGCAACAGCAUAUCUGUGGGGCUGCAGAAGAUGGUGAUCGAGAACGACUUAUCUGGUCUGAUAGAUUUCACACGGUUACCGUCUCCAACCCCUGAAAACAAGGACUUGUUUUUUGUCACAAGGUCUGCGGGGGCCCAGCCCUCACCUGCCCGGAGCUCCAGCUACUCGGAGGCCAAUGAGCCUGACGUCCAGAUGUCCAACGGCGGCAAGAGCCUCUCCAUGGUGGACUUGCAGGACAGCCGGGUUCUGGAUGGUGUGGCCGCCCUCCCGGGGCCGGCUGACCCACUCGGCGAUGGGCCCCCCUCCAUCGGGCAGGCCCCGGGCCCCUGGGGCACACGGACUCAGCAGAACGCCGUGGCCGCCAUGGCCACCGUGCGCCGGGCAGGCCAGACCCCCACGACACCCGGCGCAGAGGGCACCCCCGGACGGCCCCAGCUCCUGGCGCCCCUCUCCUUCCAGAACCCUGUGUACCAGAUGGCAGCAGGUCUGCCCCUCUCGCCUCGUGGGUUGGCGGACUCGGGCUCCGAGUGCCACAGCUCGCUCAGCUCCCACAGCAACAGCGAGGACUUGGCAGGAGUGAGCAAGCACGGCUUUGGCAACCCCGCUGUGGUUGCCGCUGCAACUGAGGACUUCAACCGACGGGCAGGGGAACUGGCCCGCCGGCAACUCUCGCUUUCGGACAAGGGUGGGCAGCCCACCAUGCCCCGGCAGAACAGCGGGGGCCCCCAGAGGCGGAUAGACCAGCCGCCCCCGCCCCCACCACCCCCACCGGUGACUCGGGGCCGGACGCCGCCCUCGCUGCUGAGCACGAUGCAGUACCCACGCCCCUCCAGCGGCGGCAUGCUCUCCUCCUCGCCCGACUGGCCGGGCAGCGGGGCACGGCUGCGGCAGCAGUCUUCCUCCUCCAAGGGAGACAGCCCAGAGAUGAAGCAGCGAACGGUGCAUAAGCAGGCCCCUUCUCCUGUGAACCCCAAUGCCCUGGACCGCACAGCCGCUUGGCUUUUGAAUAUGAACGUGCAGUUUUUAGAAGAGGAGAGCAGUGACCCAGAACCCAAGCACAGGGAUAAGAUCCGGAAUAAAGAGGAGUUCGGCCAAGGGGAAAAGCAGUAUCAGCAGGACGUGGUGGUCCUGCAGGACAAGCUGCGCAUCUCGAACAAGAAGCUGGAGGAGUACGAAGCUCGCUUCAAGUGCCAGGAGGAGAAUACUCAGAAGCUGGUGCUGGAGUAUCAGGCGCGGCUGGAGGAGAGUGAGGAGCGUCUGCGGCGGCAGCAGGAAGACAAAGAGAUGCAGAUGAAGGGCAUCAUCAGCAGGCUGAUGUCAGUGGAGGAGGAGUUGAAAAAAGAUCACGCAGAAAUGCAGGCAGCUGUGGACUCCAAGCAGAAGAUCAUAGACGCACAGGAAAAGCGCAUUGCCUCCCUGGAUGCAGCCAAUGCACGGCUCAUGAGCGCCCUCACCCAGCUGAAAGAGAGGUACAGCUCGCAGACCCGUAACGGGAUCUCCCCUACCAACCCAACUAAAUUGCAGAUUACCGAGAACGGCGAAUUCCGAAACAGCAGCAAUUGUUAGCCCGGUGGGAGUUGGCGGCUGCUGCUGAGGGAGAUUGAGAGGAAAGGAGAGAGGAAGGAGAGGAGAGGAAGGAGGAGGAGGAGGAGGAGGAGAGAAAGAGAGGAGGAGAGCCCGGGCAGAGAGAGCAGCGGCGGCGGCGGCGGCAGGAAGGAAGGAAGGGUGAGCCACCACGUUGCAAGGGUGCUUGGUGCUUCCUACCCGCCCACCGGCCCUCCCUGAGCGGGGGAGGAAAGAGAGAACCCCACAGCCCUCUUUCGCCAAAGACGGGGAGCCCUGACGUCCCCCCAGCCUGACCCCGAGUUCGAGGGACGAGGAGACCAUCGGCCGUGCGGAGCAGAUCAUUGCAGGGGGAGAGUCACCGCCCUUUUCUACUUCCUGAAGGACACACCUCAGGAGCCCGCUAGAGGCCGAGGGACAAGCUAGCAGGACUUGUGCGAAAGGUUGCAGGACCAAACCGCCGCCCGCCACUGGCCCAGUUGCGUUGCUGGGGAGCCCUGCCCUGCCGCGCUGGGGUGUUCUCUCUAGCUGCGUCCCGCUGCUGGCCAUCGCCCGUUGCCGCCUCUGCUUUGGGAUUCGCCCUGGCCUCUCCUCACAGGUGUAGGUCAUUCCCCAGGAGGGCAGAGAGGAAGGAUGAAUGGAAACCCCACCUCCAGAUUAUGCUCCACCUGUAGGAAUGCCACACAGGCGUCGGAAGGUGUCCUUCAAGCCAUGCCUCCACACAAGGCGGGGGGGGGGACACACACAGCCAUCACAGUGAGCUUGAAAGGAGCUCCAGAAUGACCUCUGCAGUAGCCAGUGAUCAGACUGCUCAUAACUCAGUAGCAGGGCAUCCGCUUUGCAUGCAGAAGGUUCCAGGGCCAGUCACCCGGUGGCGUCUCCCAAAGGGCUAGGUGAUAGAUGACCCCAGAGGCCCAUUUCUGCAUGAGAGCCUGGAGAGUUGCUGCUUAAGGGGGAGAGCAUCUUUCUUGCAUGCAGAAGCCAGGAGAGAGCCUCCGCCAGUCAGAACAGGCAGUGUUGAGCAAGGUGGACCAAUGGUCUGAUUCAGUUUAUAGCAGCUUCCUCCAUUCCUAAGGCAACAUACCUAAUAUAUGUAUAAAGUAACUAGAGGGUGGCUGGGCCAUUCAUUUUGGGGGCCCCUCUGCCAUGCUGGAGACAAGGCUAUGCACCAAGCCAUAACCUGCCCACAAACACACAAUCUCACUCGCCAGCUUGGGUAUAUUGUCCCUCUCGGUGUCUAAGCUGCCUUGGGCUUGCCUACCGCUGGCAAAGUAAAUUAUCCUUGUAGAGAGGGCUAACUUUCUGAGAAACUGCACACUGCAGAAGUUUUCCUUAGCAUUGUGGUUUAUGCCAGUUUUUACUGCCCAGGCAGUUCCCAUGUCUGGCCCAAGUCUCUGCAUGGCUUCAGUCGGCUUGAGGCUUCAGUUGGGUUCCCUUGUGGUCCAGAAUCGCUGGACCAAAAACUGGGACACUAGAGCAAAAAGUCUGGGAGGCGGCAGAGAGUUGCCUGUCUUGCUCCAGAUUGUGCCAACUCAGUGAACACUUGUGGUGAUGGACUGUAGCUCACUGGCAGAGCAUGCAGGAGGUUCUGGGUUCAUUCACUGGCAGAUCGGCAGAUGGAUGGGGAAAGCUAGUUCUUAGCUUAGUGGACAGAGCAUCUCCUUUGUAUGUUAAGCACACCCCGGUUCAACCCCUGAAAACAUUUCUAAGGUAGGGCUGGGAAGGAAACCCUGGAGAGCUGCUGCCAAUCAGUGCAGACAGUACUGAACUAGACUGGCACAUGGCCUGACUCGGGCCAAGGCACUGUACAGCAUGUCAUGAGGUUGUUGAGAUGUGGCAGGGCCAGAAGACCAGGAAGCCUUUACCCCUGCCGCUAGUUGUCUAUAAACUAUAAGAGAAACAUGUCUAUGAAGGCUCCCGAGUCACACAAGUGUGCAGGGCCAAGUGCAAUGUAGAAUAUGUAGCGGCAGAUCCGUGCUGCCUGUUCCCCAGUCUCUUCAUUUGACAAAUGGGGAAAUCAAGGCAUUAAUAAUGUGCCAUUAAUGAUGCAAAAUGAUGCAGCAACAACAACACCCCUUGUUCCUCUUUGCAGAUCUGCCAACUUAGGUUAAGGUACCCAUUUGCAAGAAGCUCUCUCGGCUACACUUUAGCAUCAGGGGUCCUUCACCUGAACCAGGGUGGCGGUUGUACUUCAGAUGGCAGCAUUCCCACAUACCCCAAACUUGCACGCAUGCAUGCACACACACACACACACACACACACACAUUCUCUCUCUCUCUCUCUCUCUCUCUCUCUCUCUCUCUCUUUUCUGGCAUAGUUUAGCUUUCUGGAGGUUUGUUAGUGGAAAGGGUUGUGUUGCGUGAAGCCUUUGCUGCUGAUGGCAUCGCCGCUAAACAGCCUGACGAGGUGGACAAUGAAGGGGUGGGGAACCGGCCUCACAGAAGCAUGAAGAUCGGUAACUGUUAUCUCUUUUCUUCCACAGUCUGCGUUAGGAAUAAAAACAGUCCAAAAAAUAAACCCCAAGCAGUCCAGUUUCUGGAAUACUAUCCUGUUUUAAUGGGGAGUGGAGCAAGGACGGCAGCUUCUGAAAAAUGUCUCCCCCUGUCAGGAUCGCCAUCAGCCCAGGAUUAGUGGUUCCUAACUAACCCCUGCCCUCCAGGGAAGGGGUCACAGCAGCAGCAUGGCAGGGGGCGGGUGCUGUGCUUACUAACCUCCAACCAGCUUGUGGGUUGAUUUGUUGGUGCUUAGUCCUGAGGAUUCCUCACCGCCUUAUCAGCCCAUCCGUCACAGCGGUGGGUGGAUCAAAGCGUAGGGGAGCCGAGGAGCCCCUCUUAAAGAGAACGUGUUCCAUGCACACACAGUCUUGGAAGAACUGGGACUUCCUUAAAUUCCUCGUGGCUCCAACAUGGUUUUGUGCUGCCACGCACCAAGCCCAUAGGUCCAGCACAAACCUUGUACCCAGCCCUCAGAAACGUGGACUGUUACAAGAACGAACUUCUCCCCUCUCCCCGCCCCACAGGAGAUGGGGUUUCAAAUCUAAUUUGAAAACUUGCAGCCCUACUUUACUAUGCCCCGUGAGUCCAUAAGGGCCCGAACAGUCUGCGGCCUCAGACAAUCAGCUUGUUUUGAUGCACCCUGAUCUCUGCAAGCGGUGCGGAUGAACCACUAGCAUAAAACAAGCACCGCUGAAUGUGUGAACCUUAAGAAUUCCCUGCCUCCUUAUACUUGCCCCCCACCCCGCAAAAAAACAAAACCAAAAACAUGCCACCAAGUCACCUGUACGGAUGGGGAAAAGAUUUAAUAGAUCAGGGCACUGUCUGAGUUCAUGUCCCAGAAUGAGAUCUGUCCAAAUAACGAGUCCUGUGGAAAGUAUUGCAAGGUUCUCAGUAUAAGAUUUUAAAUGCAGGAUGCGCCACCCCGGCAGGAACCCCUCUUUGCAAGAGACUUUUUGUGGGGGCAGGGGGUGGGGGCUGUAAACAUUUUGAAUGUGCACCUUUUAAAACGCCAGGGAGGAGUUCUAGUGGGGAGUGGUCCCUAUAGGCACUUUUGGAGCAGCUACUUCCCCCCGCCCCUGGCCCACCACUGUUGGUUUAGGUUUGCAGGGUGGGGGUCUUUCGCGGAGGAGAGGCCCUGUUGCCUGGGCACCUCUAGUACCCAAAUCUUCCAGUUCUGCGCUUGCACACAGAGGUCGAUACGUCCAUUGGUGUAUGCCCAUGGUAGCUUAACAGAUGACCUCUCCUGCGCUCUUCCUGGCACUCCCCUUUGACACAGCUCUCGUGCUCAAUGGAGAUGUUACUUGCUCCUUCUCCGAAGUCAUUUUAACAGGUUUGGAUUUCCUGCAGAAGAGGAAGCUGGUCCUUGGGGGGGGGGUUGGUUCUUCCCAGCAGUUUGCAGUCAUCCCCCCCCCCCAGGCUCAAGAAGAAAGGCCCAGAGCGCCUUAGCAAACAGAUCUCAAACUCCGUGCAACCUCUCUCUUGGGGCUUUCCACUGGCGGCUCCUGUUGUCCUUCCUAAAGCUGUGCAAAAGGCACAAGGGGCAGCAGCUUGCCACCAGCCAAACACUCUUCCGCCGCUCCCCCUGCCCUGCUCGGUUUAAUUUCUGCCCCCCAACGGUGUGCGUCCACCGUGCAGAAAAGAAACUUGGCCCUGCUGGAGCCUUUCUUCCUCGUUCUCGAGCUUUCUGCUGUAAGAACUAGUUAUAUAAUGCAAACAAUCUGUAAGUCUUUUUUAUUAUUAUUAUUAUUAUUAUUAUUAUUAUUAUUAUUGAUGAUGAUGAUGAUAAUACACAGAUCUUUAUGACUAGAAAUCGUACAGGUUCUCUUUUGUAAGCCAACGAAGAUGUUCUCGAGUGUGUGAUUGUAAAAUGUGCCAUUUUUGCCUAACGACUGUACAAAGCAAUUUUCAGUUCCAAUUGGUGUGGCUGCUUUGGCCAAGAUCUGCAGUCUGCUGUUACUGGCUAUGUACACAGUGGUGUGGAAAUGGGGCUCACACAUCUACCAAGUUCAGAUUGCCAUUGUAGUUCUUAAUGGGCGGUAGAACCCAGCUCCUAGUUUUGCCAUCAGUGGUUGGCUUUGGAAUCCACUGGAUCUUGGGAGUGUGGGGUGGGGAAAUGAGAUUCCUUGUUCCAAUCCAGCCUCCAAUUCCAGAUUGCAAGAAAUCAAGGGGGUUUCCAAACAGGGCCUAAUCUGCAGAUGAAUCAUUGAGGUAUGGCACCAUUUAUUUAUUUUUUAUUUAAUUCAUUAUUUAAUUAUUUAUUGGCCUGCCAAAUCCUCCGAAAGGGGAAAUCUGGAUUAAAUGGGGGGGGGGGAAUGCAGGAUCUUGUUUCAAUGCAGUUUAUGUCCUCUAUGAGUAGUGCCAAAAAGAGGGGGGUGUCACCCUUUUCCUGCACUUGUCCCAUAAUAAACACCCAUCUGGGCUAAGCAAGCUCAGUGGAGACAUGGAUGGCUUGGAAGAGGCAAGGGACAAACAGGAGCCACACACAAGUUGCCCUCAUCUUUGCUUUUGCCCUGGGGAUUGUGGCAGGUGGUUUGAUAAGGGAGAGCAAGCAAACCCAGAGGCCACAUGCAAAAAAAAAAACUCCCACCAUGAAAAAAAUAUAUCCUAGAUCUUCGCGUAUUUCGAUCAGGAGCCACUCCUGGCGUAAAUCAGGUGUGUGGUGCAAUGGAUCUUUCAGUGUGGAUUCUCAUAAUCUGCUUUUACCCACACACAAGCCCUGCUUCAAAGCCUUGACUUGCAGGUGGAUCAGGUCGUCUCUGUAGCUCCAAUGGAAUUUGGUGGAGAUGCCAGAUAUUCCGCAAUGUGCACGCACACACACACACCAUAAAUUGGGUACUACAGUUAACAGGCAGGAGGUUGCAUUUGUGUAAAAACAACAACCAAAAACCAAACCAAUCAAAAAAUCAUGACAGUAGAAAGAGUCUGAUCUGGUUGAGUUCCACUAUGUACAACCCAGCUCACAAGCACAUUGCCUGAUUUGUUUCAAGGGGAAGGACAGCUGCACACUGGAAAAGGGAACUGGACAGAGAUGUAUCUCACCUGCUCUGGAACAAGUGGAAAGCCCACAGGCACCAGGAGCAUGUCUGUUUCUGGUUGAUUUCCAUGGGGGCAGCAGAAAAUAGUGCCCAUCCGCCACUUUAUCCAACUUCACAGGCAGCCUCAACUACUCUCUACUUGCUCCACCAAACUGCAAAAUCCAGCUGGAGAAAGCAGCUAUUCCAGCAGACAGAACUGUUGUGUGUUCGUCAUUGAAACAUGGUUAGUCUGCCCCUGCUGUCCUGUUGCAAAAAAACCCCAAGCUAUUCCACAGGCAAGAACUACCCAUGGCCAGAGUGCAGGAGGAAACAGCAGAAUGGUUUGGGUUUAAGAUUCCCCAGCAAGCCAGUCCUUAACCUGCACAGUUUAGUCCAGUUUAGGCCGAGUUCAGAAAAGUGGUGAGGUCUCUUGUCACAUGAGCUUCUUGGAAGGACUCUGCCCCCACAUGCUUCCAGUUGAAUAGUCCCUGGGCAGGCAUCCCAGAACUGAAAGCCUUUUAAGUUGGAGUCAAAAUGGGAAGGUGUUCUUGAUUAGCUAAAACAGGAAAGGAACCAAAAGGGCAAGCCUUUAAAUUAUUGCACAUACAUGUUCGGAACCCAAUGCAAGGAAGAUGGACUGAGCAGUCUUACACAGCAACUCCAGAACAAACCCUUCCAGGUCUGUGUGAGCUGUAAACAUUCUGUGUUUUGACACCCAAUAUUCACAAGUCUCCGUGUCCACCUGUUUAGGUUGGUUCCCCCUGCAACCGCUGCCCUUUCAUUUCUGCAUCACUGUGUCUGAAAAUAUACCCCUCUCUCAAUUUAUCUCUGUAUAUCUGCUUAGGUUAAUCCUAGUUCCUAUCAAAAAGCAGUUAAAAUGAUGUUUUAUACCCUCUUACAAAGGAAACAAAGCAAAUAAUAAUAAACUUUUUGUAAGUAUGUUUUUUUUAAAAAAAAAAAAGUAUUGAUGCUGAUAAUAUGAAACGUAAGGAGCCAGGCUGGCCAAAUCUCUUUCAUGCUCUUUUAAAAAGAACCACCACCGUGUAAUAAUGUACAGAGAACGUAGUUGGUGUCGAGGGGGGGGGAUAAUGAAUUGAUUUGAGUGUGCAAUUUAUGUACAUUUGCAAUUAGAAAAUAUUAAAGAUUUAUUUAGCUAUUUUAUCCAA